AAGAAGUAGUAGUACCAUUGCGGAUGCUGGUCUGCCUAGUCACGGACGGCCUUGGUUUUGCUUGGUGCCUUUUUGUUGACUUCCACCGGUGGCAGCAGCAGCAGCACCUCCCCCUGAUUGCCUUUCGUAUCCGUGUUGUUUCCGUGUGAAAUUCCAGCGGGGACUUUAAGGUUUUGCGAAGCGCCCAUAUCUCAGCCUCACAAACAAGUAGUGCUGGUGUAACACAGGGGGCGGUCAUCCUUUCGCCCCAGGACCGACCAUAACCCGCAUCCGUUCAACCGUUCGUUUCGCUUCGUUCACGCGAAUUUCCCCACCCAGCUAUCAACAGCACCAGCAGAAGGACAACAGCAGCAUCUGCGAGUAGCAUCCAUCCCGGUUCUGUGUAGCUUCCUUACUUGCUCGCUGCUCGACCGACGAGAUGGCUGACUCGUUGUCGCCAGAAGCUGAGUGCUUCGAAAUGCUUAAGGCACUGUACGACUUCACCGCCGGUUAUCCGAAAACGAUCAGCUUCGAUGAGGGCGAGUACUUCAUCCUGCACCAGACAAGCGCCCGGCAGCGGAACUGGUGGCAGGUGGUCAGCAUGAAGGGCAACAUCGGCUUCGUGCCGUCGAACUACGUCAUGAAGUUGAAGGUGAAUCCCAACUUCCUGAACGGGUUUCUCGAGUCGAGCAUCGAAUCGCUGCGGCUAUCGACCGACAAGGAGAUCAACGGCAUCAUCGGUCGCGACGAGCUGAUCAGCCGGUUACUGCAGAAGAAGCGCAAGCUGGAGAAGCUGCUGAAGUACGAGCAGUCGGAUAGCGAAUCGGAACCACCGUCCUCGCCGCGGAAGCUAUUGAACGCCACGUACGUGAGCCAGCCUUGCGAGGAGGUUAGUGCAUCGGUAUCGGCCAGCGGGUCGGUCUCCUCCUCGUCGCAUGCAGCUGGCACAAGCGCUGGCAAACAAUCGAGCAAAGUAGCCCCAGGCACACUGCACCACCAGUUCAUCCCGGAGAGCCCGAGCUUUGACGUACUGGCGGCAAAGACGGGCGAGCCACAGCCAGAAGGGGUAGAACCGGCGAUUACGGUGGCGGUGACGGGGGCUGCCAUGGACACUGGCAACAGUAAUACCGUCUCGUCGGAGGUCUCGUCGGAAGCGGAAGCCACCAGCCACGAUACGGUGACGACGGCCACCCUGACCACGACCAGCGACGAGCUAACGGCCUUCUCGUGCGUCCAAAUGGAAGCGCGAGCCGCCAAGGAGCGGGUCGUUCAAGACACCACUGCACAAGCGGGCGAGGCAGGUGCAAGGCAGAAGGAGCAAGAGGAGCAGGAAGUGGAAGAGGAGGAAGAGGAUGAGGACGAGGAUGGGCAUCGGUCAGCAGGCGCGACGGACGGUGGUGGACCGGGUGAGCUGGGCAACCAGACGGACCAGGAGCUGCAGGAGAUGGAAACGUCGAACAAUGGCGAGGACGAUGUGACGGUGAGUGAGAAUGAACCACAUCCGCCGCCACCGGGCAGAGUGGGCCAUGGCCAUACGCCUCCCGUAGGCAGCCCACCACGCAGUGCUGCCACCGCCGUCGGCGGCGUAGCUGCAGCUCUAUCGACGAAUGGGGAGCGCGAAUGCGAAACGGCGAGCAAUCAAGUGGGCCAGGCCGAGGGUGGUGGUGGUGGUGACGGUCCGUCGCCAUCCUCAUCGCCAUCGGCUUCGCUGACGAAGGUGGAACCGGCCGAUGUGUACCAGAUUGUGGAUGCGAUACGGAACAGCACCCGGCUGAGCCACGAGCUGUCGUGCGUGGCGCUGCGGGUGGUACUGAGCGAGCUCGAGGGGCUGCUGCCGUCGGCCGUCGUGCGAAUGCACCUCGAGCCGAUUGCCCAGCAUCUAGCGGCCCCGCUCGACGUGACUGAUGUGCUGCUCGGCCAGACGCACGACGCGCUCCGGCUGCGCGUCAUCUUCGCGGAGCUGUCCGAUUGCAAGAACGACGCCGAGCAGCGCACCUGGAUGCUGCACGAGGACGAGGCCGACAUCAGCGAGUAUCUGACCGAGCUGAUACGCAUCCUGACCGAUGCGGAUCCGAAGAUCUGCCGCAGCGAGAUGGCGUGCGACCACUACCAGAGCAUAAUCAACCUCGUGCUCUACUAUCAGAUGGAGACGCGCUGGUCCAUCCGGAAGCUGCUACUGAAGGCAUUCCACGCGAUGUGCCACCUCGACUACACCACCGUGGACAUCCUGCUGGGCUCGGUGCUGCCACUCGAGCUCGUCCAGGAUAUGGUAUCGAACGCGCGCAACGUCGAGAAACUCCAGGAACUAGCCAACAUGCUGAUCAUCAUAUUUUCCAUCGGCCGUCGCAUGUCGAUCCAUCAACAGGAUCAUCUCCGGGCGGACUUUGUCAUCUUCCUGCUGAACCUUAUCGAGUCGCCGCCGGACUGCGACGUGCGGGAGUUGCUGCCGGACAUCAUGACCAACCUGAUUCUGUCGUUCAACCUGCAGUUCGAACACUGCGGCGACAAUGUGGUGCUCGAUGCGAUGGAGCAGCUUAAGACGGCCAAAACGUUCACCGAGAAGAUACUGAUGCUCAUCAACCGGGAAGAAGACCCAGUCCACACGCUCAAGCACACGCCGGUUAGCAUCAAUCCCGUGCUGAAGAUGCUGGUCGAUUUGUUCAGUCGCCCAGAAACGGCUUCCAUUUUCUACACCAACGACAACAAGGUGCUAAUCGAUAUACUGGUCCGUCAGCUGUCGGAUCUGUCGGCUGGUGAACCAAUCCGGAAAUGGUACCUGGAGCUCUGCCGGAAGAUACUGCGGAACACCAACUAUCCGGAGCACCAGCAUCGCAAACAGGACCUGAUGAAAAUUUUCACGCGCAUCUUCUGCGAGGAGAUGGAGUGCAGUGCUAGCGAUCAGCAGAUCGUGCGCGAGAUCGCCAACGAGUUCCCGCAGAUCUUCAAGGCGUGAAUUGCCCCCUACCCCUCCCCGGGCAAUUACACCGAACUGUGCCACACCCGCACUGUGUGUAAUGUGGAGCAGCGGAGCAUAGAGGCCAUGGUAUAAGGAAAGAUAGAGAGGAGGAAAGAUAAUGGUAUAGACCUACGAGUAGAGAAUUUCAAACAUGAUUAUUCACACACUAAGGUCCAGUAGGCUGAAAGGAACUGUUUGUUGAAUGCCCUUUGGUUUCAGUUUCCAACCAGAGAGACUGCUGACUUACGCGAGGGCCCUGCUCCAGGCAGACCCAGUAGAUUUCUUCGUGCACAAAGCAUAGGAGGAUAAGAAUGAUGCAUUUACAGAAGUAGGAGUCAGGCUGUCCACAACACUGAAAGAAAAAAAUGCAUGGUUUAUACACGUUCGUUCGCAUACGUUUCGCAUUACAGACACACACACCGCUAGGGUCCGGAACGAACGCGAACCGGGUUACCGGAGUUUGCAAUCAAUUUUAUAAUACUCGUUGAACGAUUUCGAUUCGUUCGUAUGAAAUGUUA